ACAUUGGCACUAAACUCUCUCUCUCUCUCUCUCUCUCUCUCUCUCUCUCUCUCUCUCUCUCUAGCUCGCACACACUCACUAAGCACACGCUCCACACGCCUUGCAUCACUUUGGAGAUCUAUCAUGGAGGCGAAUAUGAAGCCUUAUUACGUGGCCAUCGUCGUACAGCUGAUCUACACUGGCAUGUUUGUGAUAUCCAAGGCUGCUUUCAACCAGGGGAUGAACACCUACGUCUACAUCUUCUACCGCCAGGCAGCUGGCUCCCUCAUCUUGCUGCCUAUAGCUCUUCUCCGAAAGAAAAAUGCACAACGACCCAUCAUGUCAUCUCGGGUGCUCUUCAAGCUCUUCCUUUGUGCCUUGAUCGGGAUUGCGCUUGGCGUAAAUCUGUACCAUGUAAGCCUCAAGUUCACCUCAGCAACGGUGGCAUCUGCAGCAGACAGCUCACUGCCUGCCAUCACCUUCUUCUUCGCGGUGCUAUUGAGGAUGGAGGAUGUGAAGCUGAGGAGCUCUUCGGGCAUAGCCAAGGUCACUGGCGUAGCGCUCUGCCUGGCUGGAGUCUUCACCAUCGCCUUCUUCUCUGGGCCGUCAAUAAGCCCUCUCAACCAUCACCAUGCCUUCGCCUCCAACCCAGCACCAGCAGGCUCGACACAAGUAGUGCCGAGGGCAGUAUGGAUCCAAUGGACAUUCCUUAUGGUGGUCGGCGAAAUGUGCUGGUGUUUGUGGAUAAUCUUGGAGGCUACGGUGCUAAAGGAUUAUCCAGAUAAGUUGGUUGUCACUGUGACGGUGUGCCUGUUCAGCACGGUGCAAACGUUCAUCGUUGCGGUGGUCGCGGAGCGGGACUUCUCCAAAUGGAAGCUAGGCUUCAACAUCAGCUUGCUCGCCAUCUUAUACUCAGGUUCUAUGGUGACGGGAGCAUCCUACUACCUGCAAACUUGGUGCCUACAGAUGAGGGGGCCUAUGUUUUUUGCUGCCUGGACCCCACUCUGCUUCGUGUUCACAGUAUUUUGCUCGUCGUUCUUUCUCGGAGAAAUUGUUCACCUCGGGAGCAUCUUGGGUGGAAUUUUGUUGGUCGGAAGUCUUUACACCAUCCUGUGGGGUAAAAGCAAAGAGAGUGAGACUGACAAUGUCGCCGAUGAUACUGAGAAAAAUGAGCAUAAGAAAUCUUCACAAAGUUACCCGGAAGAGCUACAACAUACUAUAGCAGAGGUCAAGGAAUCAACAUUGACAGGCUUGCCAGCUUUGCACGUCCAAGAACCAUGAAUCUAAGAUGGAUGGAUUCGACUAAUGUACUUAACCCCAUUAUGUGUCCAAGGUUUAAAAAUUAAGGAUAUUUUCCUUGGUAGAUACUAGAUCUCAAUCAAGUUUACUAAAUCCUUAGUCUCCAUGUAGUCGUAAUUGUAAAUUUGUAAUCCUCCUCAAGCAAAACAACAUCCCUAAUGCCUCUACCGCAUAAGACUAUCUCCAAAAGCUCAUGCAUUACGGCAUGCAAACCCAAAAUGCCUCCUCCAGAUGGCUUUAUGGGUAAGAAACGCAGUCCAACAAACAGCGCAAACAAGGGACCUAUUUUGGGUGGUAUGCGAUGCAUGACCCAAAUAUGCGUCGCCUCUCUCCUCAAACCCAAAUCUCUGACAUCGAUCCAUCAGGUAGCAGCACAAACAAUGGGUGCGGUUGGGAAGGCCUGGCCGCCGUCCGCCGGCCGUGGCUGCAUGCGUGCUGCUAGAGGCGGGAUGGAGACCGACUGGGAAGGCCUGGACGCCAGACCAGCCCCGGCGGCAUCUUGCUGGACCGACCAUCAGCUUCUGCUCCUCUGUACGCACAUCGCCAAAAGGCCCGUCCAGCUUUCUCUCUAGCGCGAGGACCGUGCCGGCCUGCCGGGCAUGGCCGAAUGGGCAGCCGCAACAUGGAUCCGUCGGCUCCCAUGCUGUUGAAUCCACCGACGCCGCCUGGCUGAAGCCUGACGGCCGGUCGUCGACUCGUCGUCUCCCUCCUCCAUAUGCCCACGGCAGCUAGUCCUCUCCCCCGUGGUGGUUGUGCGCUCGGGUCGCCGUCGCCGUCGUCAGGGCCAUCUGUACGAACGUCGAGGUCAGAGAAAGGGGCUGGGUGUCGAUGCAGGGUCCUCUUCUUUUGCGUUGGCUGUUGGAGACCGGAGAAUUUGGGUGCGUGACUCUUUUAUGUUGCGUGACCCAAAUGAUAAAAUAGGUCUUCUGUUUGGAUUUCGCUUGUUGGAGAUAGCCUAAGUGUUUUGUUGCUCCUGCGUGUGGCUAAGAAUGCCAAGUUACUUUUGGCUAAAAUUAGCCUUUAUCU